AUGUUAAAUAAACAUUCAUGUAGCGAAGAAGAUUUAGAUAUACAAAAGGAAAAAAGUUUAGAACCUCUUAAUGAGAUAAACGUUUUCAAAAACCCUAUCACUAGGCAAAACAUUCAUUUAGAAACACUUUCGCAAGAAAAAAUUGAAUAUUUAAUAAAAAAAGCACAAAAAAACCUUGAGGCUCUUUCAAAAACAUCAAGUCCUAAGGAAACAGACCAUCGAAAAAGCACUAAAAAAAACACUUUUAAAUGGAAAGGUGAUCAUAUUACGCCAACCUAUAUAUCAAAAACAGGAAAUAUUAGCUCUAUAAAGCCAGAAGUUUUAGAAAAAAGCUAUAAAGUAAUUAACGAUGAUAUCAACCAACCAAUUCACUAUAAACCACCAUUAAGUCGAAAAGAAAAAAAAAAAAGCAAAUCUAAAUGCUUUUGUCAUUUGCUUGCAAUGGAGAGAAAAGGAAAAAACUGCUGGGAAAGACUGGUUUCACAUGUCCAAGCCCGAGCUAACACAGUCUCUCAAGACAGAACUGCAGAUCCUGAAAAUGAGAAAUAUCUUGGACCCCAAACGACACUACAAAAAGGACAAGAAAGACCUCCCAACAUACUUCCAGCUUGGAACAAUGAUUGA